UCCAAAAAAAGUCGUGCAGUCAGUGCAUGGCGCUAUGGCAGGCUUGGCUGGCGUCAGCAUCAGCAAGCCACGAGCCAUGGAUAAGGGCGCCGCCGGCGAGGCGCUCCCGGAGCCGGCGGCGACGGUAAAAUCGAUCGUCGUGUACCCCGUCAAGUCCUGCAGGGGCAUCUCCGUGCCCCAGGCCGCCAUCACCUCCGCCGGGUUCAGGUGGGAUCGGCAGUGGCUGGUGACGAGCUCCAGCGGGAGAGCUUUCACGCAGAGAGUGGAGCCCAAGCUCGCGCUGGUUGAGGUGGAGAUGCCGCCGGCGGCGUUCACUGGGGACUGGCAGCCAACUCCAGAUUCUCACAUGGUUAUUAGAGCACCUGGAUUAGAUCCACUGAAGAUCCCUCUUGGUGCCAAACGUGCCACCGUUGAUGAUGUCUCUGUCUGGGAGUGGUCUGGUUCUGCAUUUGAUGAAGGAGAUGAAGCAGCAGAGUGGUUUUCCAGUUACUUUGGGAAGCCGAGUCGGCUCGUGCGGUUUAAUGAAGCAUUGGAAAUUCGGCAGACCAAUCCUGACUAUGCUCAAGGUUAUAAAGUUCUGUUUGCUGAUGCCUUCCCAUUCCUGCUGGCCUCCCAGGGCUCAGUUGAUGCGCUAAAUAGUGUGCUUAAAGAACCGGUGCCAAUGAAUCGCUUCAGACCAAAUAUUAUAGUGGAUGGAUGUCAUCCAUACUCGGAGGAUCUUUGGAAGACCAUAAAGAUAGACAAAUUGACAUUUUUAGGCGUCAAGUUAUGCGAUCGUUGCAAGGUGCCUACCAUUAAUCAAGACAAUGGAAUUCCUGGUGUAGAACCAACAGAAGCUCUACAAGCACUCCGGUCUGAUGAAGUGUUGCGGCCGAGCCACAAAAAUAAACGUCGGGUCUAUUUUGGGCAAAAUUUAGUCUGCAAGGAAUCUCUGUCAGCAAAGGACGAAGGCAGGAUCAUCAAGGUCGGCGAUCCCAUUUAUGUUCUUGAGACAUUCCCUUCUUCAGAUCAAGUUCCAGCAUGAGGAAGGGCAUAGUGGCAACUGGCAAUGUUCAUAUACUAGGUUGAUUUAUGCAAGGCUUGAGAAAGUGUGUUAUGUUCCAAGAUGAACAGUACCAUUUGGCACUAAAAACUGUUGGUCAUACAGUUGAUUUACUGUGCAGUUAUACCUUAUCAGAUAUCUGUUACCUUGAUUGCCCUUAUGAAAUUUACUACGAU